AUGCCACCAAAAGCUACCAGCGGUCAACUUCUUUUUGCCCUCAUUUUGGGACUCCUAGUAGCUUUUGUUCCUGGAUUAUUUUAUACCCUGCGAAAUUACAGUGAAGCCCAAGUUGAAAGGGCUAAUGGUUUAUAUCAAUUCAUUCCAGGUGUUAGGUCCAAGGAUCUUGGCGUUAGCACCACCACCGAUUGGCAUGGAUAUGAAGCACAAAUCGUUUCACGAGACCCAUCGAUCAUCUAUAUAAAGAAUUUUCUAUCCAGUUCGGAGGCGAGCCAUUUCAUUCGCAUCAGCGAAGGCAAAUAUCAGCCAUCCCCACUAUACCGCGGUGAUGAUGUCCUUAUAGAUCAAACCAGGCGGCUUUCCGAGUUCGUCGAGGUUGAGCGAGACGAUGUAGUGAAGCAGGUGGAGAGAAGAGCACGAAGGUUUCAGGGAUGGCGAGGCAAGUCAACGCAACUGCAGCGACCGAGAGUGCAGAAGUACAAAGAAGGCGGCUUCUUGGACUACCACUACGACUGGGAUCCGCUAGUCGACGAUGGAAACCGCGUCACGACCUUUAUGAUUUACCUAUCUGACAACUGCACGGGGGGUGAGACUAACUUCUCGCGCGUGAAGAAGCUCGAGGAUCCAAGAUGGUGUUCCUCUAUACUUGACUGCAACAGCACGUACCCCGGCAUCACCUUUCGUCCAGUCGCUGGGUCCGCGGUGUUUUGGGAAAACAUGUAUCCAAACGGCUCGUUUCACGACAAAGUCAUCCAUGCUGCUUUGCCAGUUCGUUCGGGAGAGAAAAUUGGACUGAAUCUUUGGUUCUGGGACAGCGGGUGGAAAAAGCCUGCAGGAGAAGCAUAA